CGGGUACACAAACCUACAACAGUCUCGGUUCUGCCAUGAUUUGCAGCUAUAUUUGAUGAGUGGGCUCGUCAUUUAUUUAAUGAGAACAAGGUGGAUUUUAGUGGACCGUGAACUCAGACAAGAGCAACCAGGAGCACCGAUAACAGAGGUUUGGAGUCCGAAGCCAAGCAGACGUGUGCCUUUGCUGGUGACGCAUCUGAUCAGACCUCAACAUGUCCUCAAUACAGGGAGAAAUUCCAGCUCUGGAGCCAAGCACACAAUUCGGAAUAGUCGCUGCCUUGUCGUCUCCCCGUAUAAGGCUUCGUCGUAACAAGAGCUAUGGUGAUCGCAUGAAUGUGCCAUUGCUAUCACCACCUGCAGACUGGUCUGGCAACAUAUUAUGGAAGGAUCCUGUUUUCCCACAGCACAAAUACAGGAAGUCUGAAGAGGAAGGUGACAAUGAUGGGAAUUUGUUGACUUUUGAAGCACCAACGCAGACAGUGCCUGUGGUGAAAGCCAAAGCCUCCACUGACAUGAACUCACUAUUGCUCAGUAGGAGCCAGGAGGACUUCCAGAGGUUCGAGCACCAGGCAGGACUGACAGACACUGGAUAUUAUCCCCGAAAGGGUCUACCUGCUGAUGAAAGCUGCUUUCACAGGCUACCUGAAGGCACCGAUCCAAAGUUGAGAAUGCCAAGUGGGGAGCUCAAGGAGGACAGGCUAACAACAUCAGCUCAAACAACACCAAGUGGCACCCCCUCUGUCACCUCCAGUGUAACCCUCUGUGUUAGUCCCUACGCAUCACCUUGUGUUAGCCGCAGGGCCGGGUUAAAGCCGACUCUUGCUCCCAUUCUUCCCACCACAGAAGUCACCGCUCCAAACAUAAACCCAGACAUGGGAGGAAAUGAGGGAGGAGGUGGAGGAGUAGAGAAGUGGAACUUCUUUGGAACUCGGUCUUUGGUCACAAAAUCCCCCACUGAUCCAGGCUCUGAAACCAGCAUAGGGUUUUCACUGCAAUCUUACUUGGGCCUGCAGAAGUCCUCCACCAUGGAUUACAGCAAGUCUCAGGUCAACCUGAAGGUGGAAGACCCUGCCAACUUUAUACCCCCCAAGAUUGAAAUCACAGGCAUUGAGGCCAAAUGCGUACCAUCACGGCCACACAAACUUAAACCUCGGGACUUGAAUGUUUUGACUCCUUCGGGUUUCUGACACCAGACCAGCCCUGUAGUUACCUCUAUUCCCUCAUCCUCUUAUUUUUUUUGUUUUGACAUGUUCUGGUUGUUUGAUUCCUUCGUUUUCUCUGCCUCCCUGUGAUCCCACUGUGACAGAGCAGAUUUAGGACCACCUGCAGUAUGUUAUUAAAUGGUUAAUACCACUGCAGUUACUCCUCCCAGCAGGUGCCCUCGGAUGGAUUAUGGCUUGACUUAAGUUUUUGAAACAACUUGUCAGAUUUUUUUUUUUUUUUUUUGCGUCUGUCUCUCUUCCGGUUAUCACCACUGACCAGAGAUUUCAAUCCAUAAUGCUCAGUUAUAGGUUGUCGUCCUUUUUUUUUCUUUUUUUUCUUUAAAUAAUAAACUCAGAGUUGUAGCUGUGUAGUGUUUGAGCAGAGUAUAGUGUAGUAUGACUGAUGCUGUUAGCCUGCUGGAUUGUUUGCAUUGGUGUUUGUGCCACUGACAAUCAGAUCUUGUUAAUGUGUGAAACCAUUUUAUUUGAUAUUUACCAAAAAAAAAAAAUGACUGCUCACUUGAAGUGAUUUAUUGUUUCAAUUUUAAACUUUUGCUUUUAAUCAUCGUUUUUCAAAAUUGUUGGUACCAAAACUUUUAUUUUAUAUUGCAUCACAGUAAUAUUUUAAUAUUGUUACACUGCAAAGCAUUGCAUUUUUGUGUCACAGUCAAAUGAAUGGAUAGUUUUAUGAAACAAAAUACUGAAUACCAGUGAUUAAUUGCACAAGGAGUUUAUCUCCCAUUUACAUCUGUAAAUAAAUAUGUUGUUUAAAAUGUGAAA